AUGAUAUCCCACAGCCUUAUUACCACAUCGUGUGGAAUUCGUCUACUUAUGGACACCAACCAUCUAAGCUUCGUCCGUCAGCUCUAUCUAGCUCUCGAAACAGCCAACUUGUUUAUUCUGAAUGGAUUUGGCUGGGGCACCUGCAGCGCCGUUGCCGCUGCCUUUACCCCCGGCCCGAGGUUUCUCGACGUCCCAUGGCUUUUGUGGCUGAUUGCUAUCACUUGCGGACCACUGAGCUCGUCGCUGCUACCGCAAAGAAUCAGGAGGAACCUCAAGCUGAAUUACAGGACAAACCUCACCAAGCCCCGGAGCUGGGCACUUGUCACUCUUCGGACUGCGGGCUAUCUUUUCGCUCGUAUCUGGUUGAGUCGACCGGAGUCUAUUCUUCAAAGACUUGCUCCGACUCCAGGUCAUUCACUCUCCCCCCUAUCAACCACCAUUAACUCAGCUCUCGAGAUUAUAUUGCUCUGGUCAACUCCUCGUUCAGGGUUUUCGUUCCACCGUCGCGUCAUGACGACACCAAUCGAGGCGCUCGUCACGAGCGGGAAGCACCCUGAGGUUGAGUCUUUCAUCCAGGAAGCGCAUUUGGCAUGCCAUAUGAUCCAAUACGAGUAUCAUCCUAUCAAAGACCCUAGGACCAUUCGACUUCUCAGAAUCCAGAAAACCGAACUUGGAGUAUCUUGUUCUUUGGAGACCGUGUCUCUGAAGACGGCCCCAGCAUACUGGGCUGUCUCGUACUUAUGGGGCUCGUCCGAGACAACACACGCAAUAGUACUUUCCUGUACAAAUUCUUCCGAGAAGCGACAGCUUCCCGUCAACUUCAAUUGCGCUGCUGUGCUCAAACUCCUCGUCCCUCUAACGCAUGUACCACGAUAUAUUUGGAUAGACGCGAUCUGUAUCAACCAGAAAGACGACGCCGAGAAAGAAACGCAAGUUCCGUUGAUGACUGACAUCUACUGUGGUGCAACGCAAGCCGUAGGCUACAUCGGAGAUGAGUCUGCCCAACUUAAGGAGGACUUUCUUCUGCGCCUCAUCGACUACUGCAAUCACAAAGCAAGCGAUGACGUGCUACAAUUCGCUUCUCUGGGCUCUCCGGAGGAGUGGCGAGCGCUACAGCUCUACUACGAGAGCCAAUUUUGGAUGAGGGCGUGGAUCAUCCAGGAAAUUGUCCUCUCGAAAAAUCUCAUUUUCGUCAAUUCGGCAGGGACCUUCUCCUGGCAACAGUUCAGCGAUACGGCCAUGAAGCUCUCCGAAGAGCUCAUCGUCUUCGAACGAGAGGAGAAUGUUUGGCCCAGUUUCGAAGUGUUUCUCGUCCUCAUUGCCGAGCUUGCAAUGAGCGUCGGUCUCCUCAAGAAACAGCUUGCAAACACAGAUCGUUCUCAAUGGCCAACAGUUGCCGAGCUGUUGGACAAGUGGGAUCUAUUGUCGGCAACAAAUCCACGCGAUCAGAUAUACGCCAUGCUCGGUCUCUGUUCAGAUUGGCACGACCCAGCAUUGAGCCCCAAUUACAGAAACACAACCACCAAUCAGAACAUCUACACAGAGGUUGUCGCUUAUUAUCUUCGACAAGGCUCGAUCCGCCCACUUCUCGCCGCUGGGCUGGCGUACAGGGAUAAAGAUAGUAUGCCUAACCUACCGUCGUGGGUUCCCGACUUCUCUGCACCCGUCAAGCAAAGACGCAGGGGAAAUUGGAUGGCAGAAGAGGACCGCAACGUAGUCUGCCGUCUGGACCAACAGCGUCAAACGGCCACCAAUGUGCUCCACGUUUGCGCCAUCAUCGUGGACUUCGUUGCCUCGACCAGCGACAGCGUGCCACAGUCUGGCCACGGCAACCCCGGCGUCCACGGCGACGCGCAGAGCAAGCAGACGGUUGAUGGCUACCUGGGCGUCUACGACAAGACGCUGCAGAUGGCCACCAGUUGCGAGCAGAACCCCUAUCGUAUGAGUCGCGGGGAGGCACAUUGGCGUACCAUGCUGCUUGACUGGUUUCAGAGCGAGUCGCCCGCGCCGCCGGCAGCAGGAGAGGCGCUGAAGCAGACCGUAGAGCAACUCCGAACCGUGGCUCGGAACGAUGGCAAAGGAUACAACGGUGGGAUGCGGAAGCGGUUACGGCCCAAAGGUGGCAUCAAGUCGGCGAAGCCCGGCGCUUUCCAUUGGUUUGCAUACGAGUUUGCCCUCACUCGUGGAGGCUACAUGGCGUGGGUGCCGCCUGGGACGCAUGAGGGAGACGCCAUCUGCUUCUUUCCUGGCUGUCGAACGCCCUUUGUUCUGAGGCAGACACAAGAGUUGAAUGCGUUUAACUUGGUGGGUGAUGCUUACUUGCAGGGCUGGAUGCACGGCGAGGCACUGAGUGUCGGGAGGAAGUGGAUUCAGUUGGUAUAA